UAGGAAUUUAAUGACCUAAUAAGUGUUUCGCAUUCAUAGAAGAGAUUUAAAAUGUUAUAGGUAUCAUAUUGCCCUCGGUUCCAUAACUCAUCUGAUUUAGAAUGUAUUAAGUUCAAUAAAUCCCAUCCUUACAGAAAUCUCUUAAAAGAGAAUUAAUUAAGAGAAUUUUCCCGUUCAUUUUUAAAGAGAAUUCCAAAAUAGACCUAACAAAGCUUUUACGCAAAUUUUCGAAAGCUUUCCAAGAAAUUAUACACACAAUGAGCGGAGCGGAGAGUAGAUAUGUGCAAGGAAAAAUCGAGUCAGCUACCAAAAAACACAAAGAUCGUUUAUAUGGACGAUCAGUAUACCAAGUGCUAUACGGCGUAAACGUUGCAAAAUAAAAUCGAAGGAAAAUUGCCAAGACGCGUUGAAAAAAAUCAAAGAAAAUUUUCAAACAAAAACAACAUAGUGAUAAAUCGAUGUACAUAUAAAAUGCUGUCUUGUUGUUGUUGUUGCUAUACUAUACCACAUACAUAGAUAUAUUUUCAUAUUUAUAUUAUAGCCAAAACAGAGAUAAUGGUGAUUGUGUUGAUGAUGUUGAAUAUUUAUAUUUAAAAAUGAAAAUUUUGAAAUGAAAAUCAAUUUGAGUUGCUGAGAGAAACAAAAAAAAAAUAAUAAAAAAACACUAAAAUAAUAAACAAAACAAAAAGACAUUGUUUGUGCCAGAAAGUGAAAAAACUCAAAAAUACUGAAACUAAAAACCAAACAGACGCUGUCGCAUUUUUCUUUUUAUUUUUUUUUUGCGUGUGAAAAUGAUUUUUUUCACAAACAUUUGCCAGCUAAAACGCAUGGAUGGACCCGCCACAUUUGGUGUUCACGUAAGGCGGGUGUGAAAAAAUGCGCUGAAAAUUAAUUUGCAAAUAUUGACUCACAUUGUCAAAAUUCAACAAAAGCAAAAAAAAAAAAAAAACAUAACCUCCAUGGUGUGAAUAACCUGAAACAAGGAUGUAAAGAAAAAACAAACGAAUUGAUAAAAAACAAAUUAUCGAAUAUUUAAAAUCAAAUUUAUUUAUCACAAAGUUAAUAAGAAGCUACCAAAAAAAAAAAAAAAAAAAAAUUAAUGCGACCUCCUGGUUUAGAAUGGCCUUGUUCAAAGUUCAAUAGAACAAAUCCCAGGUGGUAAUAACAAAAAAUAAAAUUAAUCUCCGUAUACACCCACAAGUGUGAAAAGCCAACCGAAUGACAAAUGACUCCAUAGAGAAAUCUAAACUAAAUAGUGACCUUAAACUCUAGUUGAACUCAUUUGCUUUGAAGCAAUUCAACGUUCCAGGUGGAGAAGUUUCCAGCAAAACUUCAUUAUUUUACGCUGAGCUAAAAUAAAACCAAACUAUUUUGUCAUGAUGAAGCAUGAUGUGAUGGUGAAACCCCUACCCGUUAGUGUUAGCAAGGAUAUAACGAAAAAGAGCCUUUGGAAAUCACGAUCUUCCUCCGAGACAGCCACGCCCAAGAGCCCCAUGACGAAGGCAUUCGAUUUUCUUCCCUGGUCACGAAGCAAAAAAUCCAGUGACAAAUCAAGCAAAUCUACGGAUAGUAAAAAUAAAAAUGAUCUUUCACCCACAAGUGCUGGCAAAUCGAUUCUCAGUACAUCCGCUGAGGACAAAAAGGAUGCGGCAAAUUAUCAACGAAAUAUUUUUCGCAAUGGCGGUGGCCUUAUCAAAGAUAUCUUAAGCGAUAAACAGAAUAAGGAUGAACGACCGCUUAAGAAAUCAUCGCUGCGUCGAGCCCGCCAAGUUACCUCACGCAAUAAGAGUCUGGACAUACACGAACUCAUAACUUGUGUAGAAAAGGAACUCAACAAUGGUUCUGGAGAUCAAAUGGGCAGCGAAAAAGCACAACAUCGUUUUCUCGAUGAUACAUUCAUUGAGAAUAUCAUGAGAGCCAAAGAGGCCUAUCAAAAGAAUCUGCUGGAAGAAGAGCAGCAAGAGGAGGAGGAAAAUCGUAGGAGAGAGCAGCAUGCAGGUCGAUACAGCUCUCGACAUGCGGACGAUUUCCAUGACACCGAAGAUGAGUAUUUCUAUCAACAGCAACAGGAAUUGGCUCAUCUCUAUCCCAAUGGUGAUGGUCGCAAGUGUCCCAGUGGAACAAACACCGGCAACACCUCUCCAAAACACAUCCUGUUCAACGAUGAGAACACGGUAUAUCUCAUCAAGAAGGGCCAACCGGUCAACAAAUCUCUUAAAAACUGUGAUAAAGAACGUAAAACACAUACCGAAAACAUAUUGAAAGCUCGUCUGAAAUUCAAGAAAAUAUCCUCAUCCUCCGAUCCAACACCGCAUGCGGAUUAUAAAUCCACAAUACUUUUAAAUAACAAUCAUGUGAUAGGCCAGGAUAAAAUGGCCGCUUCUCGAAGAAGUAUUUUGCAGAGACAAAUAACUAAUCCUGAAGAUUACAGCGGCUAUAAGCCAUGUACUAGUCCCAUACAGUUGCGUAAACGAUCUCCUUCGGCGGGACGAUAUCAACAAAAUCCGCAACAUAAAACAAACGGUGGUGUUUACUCCUCUCCGCCCUUUCAGCGACGAAAAUCAUUGACCGAAGGUCUGUUGUAUGAUUUACCCAAUACCGCUACCGGCGGCACCCUACUGCAUGAUAGUGCUGCUGCCGGCAAUUCCAGUACUAGCAGUAUGGGCAGCGGUGUCAGUGCUACGGGUAGUACAACAGGUGGUAUUUUAAACGAUCGUUCCCGGGCCGAUAAACCCCGCAAGAAACUGUCUUUCCGUGAGCCGGUAGUUGCGGAAAAACGUCGUUCACGUCGUCAAAGUGCAGAGGUUGUGUCCGUCACAACGAACGGUAUAAAUGUCCAACCCGCCGCCAACAAAACCAAUAACAACACAUCAAAUUCAAGCUGUGAUAAUUUAGUUAAUAGUAGUAGACGUUCAACGCCAUCCAAUGAUGUAACCACGCCGACGGAAGAGGAUUUAAUGCAGUCUCAGGCCAUGCGUAUUGUACGCACCGUUGGACAGGCUUUUGAAGUAUGUCACAAAUUUAAUAUACACAAAAAUUCCCUGGAUCAUACAGAAGAACGUUCCGAUAUCUCGUCGUCAGAGCUACUGGAUGUUGAGACGCGUUCCGAACAGCACGUCAGCGAUGAUGAUCUUCACAACAAAAAAGCUGUAACACCGGACUUAAAUGUACCCCAAAGGCCCAAUCAUUUGGAAUUGAUACCACAAACGAAUCUCAGUAAAUCUGGAAGUUUAAUGACCGAUGAAGAUAAAUCGCCGACAUCGCCCUCUUCACCCAGUCGUGAAAUUAACAAGCUGAAAGAUCAAUUGGAACAACAGGCCAUGCAAACGCGCCAUGCCCUAACGCAACUAAUGAUGGUAAGGGAACAAUUGAUAUCGGAAACAAAUGCUCGAAUUGAAGCUCAGGCUCGUACACAACAAUUGUUACAACAAAACCGUGAACUACUGGAACAUUUAGCCUCGUUGGGUGCAUACAAUGAGCAGCAGGCGCCUGGUCUAACCACAGCCAAUAUAGGAAUGGCACCACAGCUUUCUUCAACUGCCAAAGUAGCGCGCUGGUUUCAACAGCUCCCCUGGAAUAACACCACAUCCCUCUCAAGACCUGAAAGCGGGUUUGUUUCUGGCGAUUCACGUUCAGAAAAAUUUCCCGAUGACCAACAGUAUUUUAGUGAAGAUUUAUGUGAUGAAUUUUUGCUGGUAGAGGGCAGCAGUACCAUAUGGACUAAGCUAAGUGCUAAGAAACGGCGUAAAUUACUGGGAAUGCGUUUGGGCAAAGUGACAACAUUUUAAUAUGGCGAUGAAGUGGAAGUCAAACCAAAACAAAAUGUUGUUUGUGAACUCAAUUAUUUUUUUUUUUUUAAUUUAUUAACAAUUAAAUCACUUUAAAUUUUACCCCUAAGUUAAUGAUUCAUUGAAAUUUUUGAUAUUUAAACAAAUGAGAUUAAGCUAACAACAUGAAUGGCCAUGAUUUAGAAUAAUUGAUAAGUUAUAUUUUCUAAAUCCUAAUUUUAUUAACACAUCCUUAUUUUCUCUCCCGUUUAUCCCAAUUUGCUGUCAUUAAAAUGUUUUCUAGCGUUUUUCGCUUUUGUGUAGGGGACAAGUUAAGUAAGAAUGGAGAAAAAAUUGAUUGGAAGACUCUAUUCUUCGAAGUCCAUAUUUGGCAAAAGUUAGGAAAACCUAUAGCUAGAACAAGAGUACUUAAAAAUAGACUUAAUUACUUUUCAACAAACUCAAAUGGAAAAGUUUUUCUAAGAAUAUUUAUAAAAAUUAUCCCCCACAUGGGUAUAGUGGUUCAGAGAUGAAUAUUUCUAGUUAAUGCGUUUAAUUUCGAAUUUUAACCAGUAAAGAGAGGCGGGGCGAGCUAUACGUAACAAGUAAACAUUUAUAUUGGGAAUUUAUGUAAAGUAUUUGGCACUUUUUGUAAAACCAACUACAAACCUUUUUUGUAUUCGUAUUAUGACAUUACAGCACUUAUAAUUUGGAAUCAGAUGGAUCUAAUAUACGUGGGAGGUAUAUCCAACUCUGAAUCGGUUUCCACCAAAUUUGACGAAGUCAGUUUUUCCUCUCGUACCAUAUCAAAUUCCUUUAGAAGUACAAAAUAUGAAGUACAAAUAUCAAAUUUCACACAAAUAUAUUAGAAAAUACGGUUUAAAUCGUCAAAAUACCGAAUAUCCGAUGAAAACGAUAUAUAUGCGCCAUAGGAAAACGUGUUCCCAGAUAUUCAAUAUACCACCGGGACUAGAACCAUUCACGAACUACAAAUACAUUUUUUUAGACAAAUCAGUGGAAAAUACCGAAUAUUGGGAGGUACCGUAAUAUGGGGGCUAUACGAGAACGAUGACCUAUACAUCCAAUGUUCUGUCACCGAAGCUAGAACCCAUUACAAACAACACAAAUACUAAUUUAUAGGCAAAUUGGUGGAAAUAUGUGACUAAACCAUUCAAAUACCGAAUAUCGGGAGGUACUGUUAUAUGGGGGGCUGUCACAAAACGUGGACCGAUAUAACUCAUUUUCAAGGCCAACUAUCCUAGACGCAAUGCAAUUUACUGUACCACGCUGUAUCGUGAUUUCCACAGAGAGACAGACAUCGUUAAAUCGACUUAGAAUUUUAUGCUGAUCAUGAACAUAUAUACUUUAUGGGGUUUACGACGAAUAUAUAGAGGUUUUAUCAAUGGAAUGACAUAUUCAAUAUACCCUGCUUUUCAAGGUGGAAGGUACAAAUAUAUAACAGAGCAAAUAAUACAUGGGAACCAACUUUCAAGUUUCAAAAUAUAUAUGGAAGUCAUAUCCAAAUCUGAACCGAUCUCGAUAAAAUUUGGCAGAGGUAUUUCUGAACUCUAUCUGAUAUCUGGUACCAAAUAUCAUUGUUGCAGAGUUUACAUUACGAAUAUGAGGGACUUUAACACCAAAUCGGAUAAAACAUAUAUGUGGGAGACAUAGCUAUAUUUGAACCGAUUUUCCCCAAAUUUAAAGUGCUUGUUUCCAGACUGAAUUGGGUCGUAUGUGCCAAAAUCCAUCCCAUUUGGGCUGAUAUUAACCAUUUGGUACACAAGAAAUUCGAAAUCGGAUAAAGAUAUAUAUGGGAGUUAUAUCCAAAUCUUUCGGAUUUUGAUGAAAUUUGGUAGAGGUCUUUAUGAGCUAUAUUUGAUAAAUUUUUCCGAAUAACAAAUAUGAGGGACUUUAACACGAAUUCGGAUGAAACAUAUAUGCGGGAGCUAUAGCUAUAUCUGAACCGAUUUUCAACCAAUUUUGAAGUACUUGCUUCUAGACUGAAUUGGGACGUAUGUACCAAAAACUAUAAAGAUAUAUGUGGGACCUAUAUCCAAAUCUGAACCGAUCCUGCUAACAUUUGGCAGAGGUAUUUUUGAGCUAUAUUUGAUUUCUAUUCCCAAAUAACGUUGAUAUCUUUUCCCGAAUUAAACAACAAAUCGGAUGAAUAUUAUAUAUGGGAACUUUAGCUAUUUCUUAACCGAUUUUCUCUAAAUUUGACAUAAUUGCUUCCGAACUCAAUUUGGUUGCCAAAUUCCAACCUAUUUUGGGCUAAUAUUCCACAUUUGGUGAACAAUAUCAGCAAUAUCGGACGAACAUAUAUCAGCAAUAUCCAAAUCUGAUUCGAUUAUCUCCAAUUUAAAUAGAGUUUUUCCUUGGGUCAAACAAAUAACCUGUAUCAAAAUUUAUCUAAAUCGGAUUAUAAGUGUGAUCCGCAUUUUGUUCACAAAAAUACAUGGACAGACAGAUGGACGGAAUAUUUGGAGUCGAUAUAGGGGUAUCCGUCAGUCUUCUUGGCUGGUGCGCACGAUAACUCUCAAAAAAGUAUCCGAUUUCGUCUAAUCUUGGUAUAUCGUAAUAUUAUCAUCAAACUUAGAUCGAGUUCAGAGAUGGGCAAUAUCCGUCCACUCCAAAUCGCAAUAUUUGUAUUAGUGCUAGGUCAGAUGCGAUAAUGGACAAUAUCGUACCACUACAUCAUGUAACCCGACAUUUUGAAUUAUUAUAACUUUUAUAAAAUGUGAUAUUGGGAUUUUCGCGCAUCUCAAUAUUUUUACCAAUAUAUUUACUUGAAGACAAUCGGACCUUUAUUUCACAUUUAUUCCAAGAUCUGGUAUAUAGAUAAACUAUAUCGGACCACUCCUUCUGGUACCUCCCACAUAAGAGGUCAAAGUUUUGAUUAAUUAUAUCACUCAAAAAUGCGAAAUAAAUUUGACGCACAUUAAUAUUUUUAUUAGAGAAAAAUCAGAUGUUAAUCUGAGAUAUAUCGGUGCACUCCAUCUGGAACCUCCCACUCAACGGGUCAAGAUUUUUAAUAAUUAUAUCUCUCACAAAAUGCGAAAUAAAUAUCUGAUUCAUUAAAAACGUCACACAUUAUAAUACUUCUAAUACCACAAGAUCUAUAGGGAAUAUGGUAGUUAUCGUUCCACUCCUUCUGGUACCUCCCCCACAAAGGUGUUAACAUUUGGAAUACAAAUCACCCUCAUAAAAGCGAAAUAAGCACACGAUACUUUUUAGGUUUCAUACAUUCCAAUAUUUUUACUAGCACAAGAUCUGGUGUGAGUCCACGUCUUCUUGUGCAACCUUCACAAAGUGGUUAAAAUUUUGAAUAGCCAAAAUGCACAAUAAGCUUCUAAUUCCUUCUAAACUUUGCACAUUCCAUUAUUUAUACUAAUGUAAGAUCUGAUAUGAAGAUGGGAUAUAUCGGUCUUCCCCUUCUGGCAUCUCCCUCACAAAGGGUCACAAUUUUCAAUAUUAUAUACCUCUCAUAACAUGCGAAACAUAUCAGCGAUUCUUUGCAAACUUGGUAUGUCUUAAUUUACUAGAGAUCUGAUGUGAUUAUGAUAUUUAUCCUCCCCACAAAAGUUCAGCAUUUUAGUUAUCAUUUAUUCGCAUAAAAUUGGAAAUAAGUGUUUUUUUUUUACUUUGCAUUUCGGCCCGCUUUAUAAGGGACCUCACGAAUAUUUCAACAUUUUAAAAAAAUUAUCAAAUGUGUCAUAAACUGUGUCCAAAUCUGGCACGUUGUAAUAUUUAUAUCAGACUUAGGCCAGAUACGAAAUGGAAAAAAUUGACCAACUCUUUUGGAACCUACACCAUAAAGUAUUAACAACUUUUUUGUAAAACACAACCGUUAAAAUGGAAAAAAUCAUAUCUGAACCACUAUUCUCCAACGUUGCAUAACCCUCUAUUUUAAUUUCUACUUAGAUUUAAUUCUCUUCGUUUCUCCUCUCAUUUUCUCAUUCACAAAACAACAGUCAUACGUUUAACAAGAAUAGUUUAUACACUACUCAAAAUAUCUAGAAUACAGAAAGUGACAUUAGCCGUAAGAACAAACAUCUAAUCGUAGAGUUAUUUUGUUAGCUAAAAUUGUAUUUGUUGAGACUGAAUCACACACAUCACACAUUCAAUCGGUUAAUGGACGAAAACGGACGAAACGAUUGAUUUGAAAAGUCACAAAUGACAAAAUUGAUUGAAGUUUUCAAAUCUAUGCGCAUCAUUUAGUUAACCAUUUAAUCACAAAUAUUUAUAAAUCAUAGUUUAUUUUUAAUUAACACAUAUUAUUUUAAACGCUAAUUUCAUUUAUCUUUACCGAAUUUAAAAUAAAUAUUUUUAAAUUAAAUGUAAAAUUAAUUUUUUAUAAGUUUUAUAUUAUAUUUUAUAUUUUGUACUACUAACUAAAAACAAAAAUAACUAACGCUCAAAUGAUUUUCCAGUAAGAAAUAGUUUAAUGACAUAAUUAA